AUGUCUUUAAACUGUUUAAAAGAUUUAAAAACUAAAGAAUCUUUUGAUGAUUCUACUACUUUAGCAUAUGAUAAAUUAUCUGGUUUUAUAGUUUCCGAUUGGAAAAUAUUUGAAAUUAUUGGAAAAGGUGGUUUUGGAUGUGUUUAUAGAUGUUCUUCAAUGAAAGAUAGAAGUCAGGCUGCUUUUAAAGCAGAAAAAGAUAAUGAAAUUAAUACAGCAGAUGUUUUAUUUGAGUGUAAAAUUCUUCAAUUAUUAGAGAAAGAGGGAAUUUCAGAACAUUUUACUCAUGUUUUUGAUUUUGGACAAUGUUUAAAUUUUCAAUUUAUGGUUGUUACUUUAUUAGGUCCUAAUCUUUAUGAGAUAUGUUCUUAUCUACCAGAGGAAAAAUAUGAAUUGUCAACAUGGGUUCGUGUUAUGUAUCAAAUAUUAGAAUCAAUACAAUACUUACAUAAAGUUGGUUAUAUUCAUAAUGAUCUGAAACCGGGAAAUUUUGUUAUUGGUAAUAAAUAUGAUAUUAAAAGGAGGAAUGUCAUUCAUUUGGUAGAUUUUGGACUUGCUUCAAAAUAUGGUGAUGAAAAAAAUCCUGUAAAUUUAAAAUAUAAAACAGAAAAAAAAGGUAUUGAAUAUAUUGGAACAAUAACACAUUGUAGUCCAAAUGCUCACCUAAGAACAGAAUUAGGUAGACGUGACGACAUUUGGGGUUGGUUAUUUUUAUCUAUGGAUUUUUAUAAUGAAAUGCCAUGGACAAAUUUAGUAACAGAAGAAGAAAUAGAGGCUUGUAAAUUAUCAUUGAAAAUAGAAAAUUAUUGUCAAUAUUUACCACAUGAAUAUAAUAUUAUUUUAGAAAAUUUAAAAAUACUAGGUGUUUAUGAUGAACCAAAGUAUAGUUUAUAUUAUAAUCAACUUGAAUUAAUUAUAAAGAAAUAUAAUAUAUCAUGGGAUGACCCUUAUCAAUGGGAAUUAUUACCAUUUGAGGCAAAAGAGGUUUUAAAUUUAAGUGUUUCUAAAGAAUUAUCAUUAGAUAUGACACAAGAAAAUGAUACUUAA